AUGGAUGGAAACUAUUGCUCUCCUAUUCCCCUAUUUUCAGGAGCUACAGAGCGGCUUAAUUUUAAUGUGCAGAAAUUUGCCAUUAUUGCCGGAAGUUCAGUCGGCGCACUUGCUCUACUUUUAUCAAUCAUCACUUAUUACUUUGGAAAAAAUCGCAUAUUGCAAUACUUGAGGAAAAAUAGUAGUAAUUCGAAUGUGGAGCAAUUCCUACUCAACCAUGCAUCUCAGUCACAAAAGAGAUAUAGCUACUACGAGAUCAAGAAAAUGACCAAAUUCUUCAAAGACAAGGUUGGGCAAGGAGGAUAUGGCAUUGUCUACAAAGGUGAGCUACUCGACGGUCAACCUGUUGCGGUCAAGGUCUUAACCGAUACUCGCGACGACGACGCGCUAGAAUUCAUCAACGAAGUUGCAAGUAUCAGUGAAACCUCCCAUGUCAACAUUGUGAGGCUCUUAGGGUUUUGCUUCGAGAGAAAGAAAAGGGCUCUAGUCUAUGAAUUCAUGCCCAACAAAUCAUUGGAUAAGUUCAUUUCAAGUCCAGAAUCUUCGUUGGGGUUGGACAAGCUAUACGUGAUUGCGCUUGGGGUUGCUCGCGGCCUUGAGUAUAUGCACACAAGUUGCAACACGAGGAUCCUGCAUUUCGACAUCAAGCCUCAGAAUAUACUCUUGGACGAAGAUUUUUGCCCCAAGAUCGCUGAUUUUGGGCUUGCGAAACUGUUCAAGAAGAAGCAGAGCAUGAUAUCACUGCUCGGGACGAGAGGGACUAUAGGGUACAUUGCUCCUGAAGUAUUCUCUAGAAACUUUGGGGUAGUUUCUCACAAGUCGGAUGUGUAUAGCUAUGGAAUGAUGCUUCUUGAAAUGGUGGGAGCGAAAGAGAUGGCUAAAACGACCGAGCCUAUAAUCCAAUCGAGUGAAAACUAUUUUCAUGAGAGUGUUUAUGAGGUUGUAUUGGCGAAGAAGGAGAAGAUUGAUGAUGUGAUGAGAGAUGAGAAAGAAGAAAGUAAAAUGAAAAUGUUAAUGGUGGGGGUUUGGUGCAUUCAGACGGCUCCAUCGGAUAGGCCGUCGAUAAGUAAGGUUGUGGAGAUGUUACAAGGGAGUGUGGAGUCUAUAGAGAUGCCUCCGAAGCCAUCUUUCCCUUCUGCUCCGCUGCUUGAAUCACUACAGUUUUCAUCUUCCAUGCAUAUGGAGACACAAUAGUUAUCAUUUUUAAAUUGUGAACGUCUCAAAAUAGCAAAUUAUGACA